UAAAUUAACUACCAUGCAUUAAUGUACUAAAAUAUUAAGAUAAUGAUAAAAAUUAAUUGAAAUUUUUAGAUAUUAAUGAAAACAAAUAUUGUUGUUAAACAUUUUUAUUUAUUUUUUAACAAUUUAGCUAACUUUUAUAAUGUCUUAGAAGUUUGUUAACUAUUUUAAUGGUAAUUUUUACACUAAGGAAUUCUAAGUUAAACAUUUAGUAUGAAUUCAUUUCCUCCUCGGACCGCAACUUUAUUGUAUGAACUGGACAAAAAAUUAAUGGUUCUUUUGCGUGAUGGUAGAACUUUAAUUGGGUACCUUCGAAGUGUUGAUCAAUAUGCCAAUUUAUUACUUCAACGAACUAUUGAGCGUAUUCAUGUUGGAAAAAAAUAUGGUGAUAUACCCAGAGGGGUAUUUUUAGUAAGAGGAGAAAAUGUAGUCCUUCUUGGUGAAAUAGACUCUCUAAAGGAAGCUGAUCAAAUAUUUGAAAAAGUGUCAAUUGGAGAGAUUUUGGCAUUACAAAAACAAGAACAAGAUGCUAAAGCUGAAAAAGCUAAAUUAAUGGAACGUUCUUUGAAACGAAGAGGUAUGCCAUUACCUCCAGAUCUAGUUCAAGAUGAUUAUUUUUGAAUAAAAUAAAAAGUUCAGUGAUAAAAUUUAUA